AUGACCGGUCUGAAGAAACAGAUUGUGAAACGGAUAUGCACUGACGGGAAUGAAGUUGUUGGCAUCCCUCGAAUACCUACGAUAAAACUGCCGAUAGUUGAACCGCAUGAAGAGUCUGGAGCUCUCAUGGUUGUAGGCGAACGCGAAAUUCAGGAUUAUACGCAACAUCCGCUUGUUUCUGGAGAAGCUUUUCGUCCUGAAGACAUACGCUUGGAGGAGGUUCACUACAUGGAGAGCACAUCUUCCGGUGUUUGUCUUUUCGCAUUGAACGAGGAAUGCGAACGAAUUCCUGAGAUUUUAUCUCAUUCCUGGGUGAACAACUAUCGACUUGAAGGUGUUUUCGGUCGUGAAACCAAUAAGCACAAAAUCAAAGCACGUGUCACAUUGAAAGCAGAUUACGAUCAUGUUACUCGUCACAAAUUAGAAAAGCUUAUUACGCGUGUGGAGUCGGAAUAUCGAAGAGCAGCAUUUCAAGCAGCUGAAGUGGAUAUUCAGAGCGAAGAAGCGUUCGAAAUUGCUCGCAAAGGCAUGCCACGAGCCAAACUUGCUGGAGCUCAGAUUGUUUACGGAUGUAAAGUGAAACACUUCAAUUUACCGUUCUUUGCACUACAAGUACAGUCUGUCGGAGAAACAGAUGUAUUUUUGAGAUGCUUUAUCCACGAAAUAGGUGUUAGCCUUGGUACGACGGCGAGUUGCAUUCGUCUCCAACGACGAUCGUUGGGACCUUUCCAUCCCGAUCACGCAUUACUAGAAAAGCAAAUAUCACUCCAAAAUAUUAUCAGGAACAUGGAGCUAUGCAGAAGAAUAAUGAAGAGCUUGAAAGAAGAUGAUGAAGUGAUAGAUGAGAACUCCGUAGCGUAUGAAGAGGUUAGGUCUGUCAUAGAUGGGCUCGACAUGCAGACUGAUCAGGAAUAUGAUGCGAUGAGGCCGCCACAAUGCCGAGAUACGAGGAAGAUCUGGGUUCUAGAAAUAUGGCAGAGACCACCUCAUUCCGCUAUUGUCAGCAACGAGAAAUGGCUUCGAGUGCAGUUCUGGAGCGUUCUCUCGAAAAACCUAUUUUUUACAAUACAGCAUUUUCUAGGAUGGCUCACUCUCGGUGCGGCAAUGGCAGCAAAUGACUGGAGUUCGCAAUUCAAAACAUUUUGGGUCACAACAUUAUGCAUAUACGUUAGUGAGAUGAUAAUAUUUUUCAUGGGGCUAUUUCUUUACCAUUACUUUGUUUUUCUUCCUCGAGUACGCCUUAAGUUGUACAAGGUACCACAAGAUGAAGCAUCAAAAUCAUUGUUACGGAUUUCUGGAAUGCUUCCGAGUGAGGGCACAAUUCAGAAAACGCAGGGGGAUGAGAUAGACGAGGAAAGUCUAGGUAAGGACGAACAUUUACGAAGAGAGGUGGACGCCGACGAUUCUCCUUUCGCUGAGUGGCACAGCGUUGAUCAUAAAAAGAAGAACAAAGAGUUGAAACCAUACGAUGAUAUGUGUACACCUCCGUCCAGUAUGAGGGAAAGUCCAGCCCGAGAUGACAUUACACCGUCUUCAACUAAUAUGAGCACUAUGCACAAUUUUUCAAGUUUUCCCAAAGCAAAUUUCCAAGGAGGGAUUGAUCCAUUAGACCGUACCCAACGAAGUCUCCGUAAAUCACCUCGAAAACUCAGUACUCAGCGAAGUUCAAAUGCAUCGCCCCAAAAACUCUCCGGGCAGCAAACAUCCAGGCUAACACCAAUUGCAUUUAAUAGCAAUAGUGAGAUGAAUAUACCAGAUAAUCCACCAAAUUCUGCUGAGCUCUAUUAA